AUGGACUCAAACCCUAUGCUUCAGAUUGCUUUUUAUUUGUCAUGCGGUGCCACAGCAUGUUACCUCUGGGGCCGUAGAAUUAAAGGGGAAGCUGACUCUUUUAGCAGUAUCACACGUGUGGUAGACUUCAAACGGUUAGAUGAUUUGCUUAAAGAGAAAGCCUCGAAGCUCCUUGUUGUUGUGUCCGGAAAAGUUGCUUCUGCGGCAACGCCCUCGAAUGGCAAACAUGAGGAUGGUCCUUUGGGUGCUGUUUUUAAUGCUAAGGUCGAAAUGGGGCGUGGGACCAAGUUGGAGGAUGAUGGUAGUGGUUGGAUAACCAAGUCUCAGAAUUUUCUGUUUCAAGUAAAGCGUAGUCCUUGGUAUCUUGAAGACAGUACUGGUGUGGUGAAAGUAGUGGGAGCUGAAGCUGCUGGUGACUUUCUUGAUGCUCUGACACCGCAUUUUGAUAUGUCACUAAGUGAAAUCUUUGAUAGUAUUGUAGAACCUCAACAAGGCUCUCAGACGAUUUUUCGGGCUUCUCUCGAUACUGGUACCUCCUUAACUAUUAUUGGCGAGGCUGCUAGAGACGAAGCUGGUAAUCUCACGAUUCAAAACCCCAAUGAACAGCCUUUUAGGAUCUUCAGUGGAGAGGGCUCGUUUGAUAAAAUGGUUGCCAACUUGAAGUCAAAUUCAGAGUUUUAUUUUUUCUAUUCCAAGAUCUUUGGAACUAUUGCUUUUGCUAUAGUCGUUUUUAAAGGCGUGAGUUUCAUAAGAAGGGUUUUACGUGAGAGAGCAGAGAAUGCUGAUUCAGACAACGAAGAAAACCCAUGA